UCGGGGAGUUAGCUGUUUGUCUCUCUGUUGCAUCAGAAGCUCCACUCCUACGAAGAUGGACAAGUAUGGCAAAGUCAUUGCAAAGUGGGAUAGUAGAGCAACAAAAAUUUACACAAAAAUUUGUGUAGAAGAGGUCAAUGCACGGAACAGGCCACAACACUUUCUAAAUGUCGAAGGGUAUGCUAACCUCAUAAGGAAGUUUAAGGAACGCACUGGUUGCACUUACACCAGGGAUCAAAUGAAGAAUAGGUGGGACUCCUUAAAGAGAAUGUUCACCCAGUGGAAAACUCUUAAUGAAAGGGCUACAGGUCUUGGUCGUGACCCUCAUACUGGUUCAAUCAGUGCUCCAGAUGAGUGGUGGGCUAAGCAAAAUGAAGCAAUGCCAGGGUGUAUUAUGUUCAAAACAGCCCCCCUAGAGAAUGAGGACGAGCUAAAGAUUAUGUUCGGACCCAUUGUGUGCACAAAUGAAAGAACCCUUGUUCCUGGCGUCGAGGAUGCAAAUUCAUCACCUGAUGAUCAUGUCGAAGCCACUUUAGGUGGAGGUGAAAACAGCACACCUGACCCAUGCUCAAAUGCCACUGGGAAGCGUAAGGUUCGUCAUGAUUCUCCUAAACCAAAGAAGGUAAAAGAUACCAGAGAAGAGUACAUGAAACGCCUAGUGGCGGCUUUUGAGUCCCGUUCGAUGAACACUAACAAGUCCAUCACCUCUGCUGAGACCGACCCUGUUCGUGUCGAGGUUAUUGCCCAAUUGCAACAAGUCAUUGAUGAUGGUUCACCAGAAGGCAGCGACUUACAUUUUUUUGCGACUCAUCUGUUGAUUGAGAAAAAGUAUAGAGAUGUAUUUGCAUCACUGAAGACAAAAGAAGGGAGGAACGCUUGGCUGCGCCGUGCUUUCGAGAUGGAACUUAAAAAGUCCACUUAGCUGUUGUUGGUCCGACAACACAGGCUGAUGCUCACUAUUAUCUUUGUCGUGUCAGUAUUAUGAGUCUUGUUGUGUCACUAUUGUGAGUCAUGUCUUGUUACAAAAUAAACAUUUCGUACGGUUCCAUUUUCCUUUCGAACAGUUUUGCAAUUAUUCGAGUUGAACAUGUAUUUGAAUAAUCAGAGUUGGAUGUUUGUGAACAAUGUUAAUCUGUGUACUUUCUGUGACCUAUGAUACAUGAAUAUUGU